AUGAGCUUAGCUGGUCAAUGGUUCUCUGGUUCAUUGCCAUCAAGCAUGGGUGUUCAUCAUCAUCAUCAUGGUUAUGAUCAUGAUCAUGGUUAUGUAGAUUUUAAAUUUCUCCUAAACACUGGUGGAUGCACUAGUGAAUGCAUUCACAUCCAUGUUGGAAAGUUGUUAGUUAUUAUUUCUCAAUUUCUCAAAAUCAGGAUACUCAAGGAGUUGAAAUUAGUAAAAGAAAGUAACAUUGACGUUAUAGCAAAAUUCCACACACUCAUGAACAUGAUGGAAAAGAGAAGCGAUACAGCAGUUUCUGAUAACUGCUUUCCCAUCAAGACGUUUGAAGAAUUGGGGAAUAUGGACGCACUUUGUGCAACUAAAAGUGCUCAAUAUGCUAAAUUAAUAAAAUCCAUUAUUCAACCGGAGGGAAUAAAAAAAAACUUACAUCGAAUCAUCGAUCGAACGUUAGUUUUGGAGUUAAAUUAUGAUGAAAUUGGCACCAAAAAAGCAUUUAAGGAAUUUAAAUUCUUAAAUGCUUCAAUAUUCGAAGCCUUGCAAAAAGAUGGCUAUACAGAAAAGGAGUAUAUUUCGGAUAUACGAAUAGCCAUAAAGAAUGUUAAAGGAAUUCAUUAUAAACAGCAGUGCAACGACCGGAAGAAGCGCAGAGUGGAAGAAACCAGCAAAUAAUUUUUAUUUAUUUAUUUAAUAUUUAUAAUAAUAAAAAAA